UAGAAAACAGAUUCACAUCUGAAAAACACUCUAAAGAGCUGCAAAAUUCAGUUUACUGCUGACAAACUUCAGAUAAGGGGAUAAGUGAAGAGGCUCAAAUACUCAUGGAUUCAUCAUCCACAACUCCAUCUGUUAUGCAGGCAAACAGAACCACAAAUCGGAAAACAAAAAAGAAAGAAAUAGAUGAUGAAAAAACAAAAUGGUUUGGAGGUUUGUUUAGACCAUUAACCAAAAGUGACCUGUCAGGUGCCUUUGAUCCAUGCAUACUGGGCCCAUGUGUGGUUUCCUCAAGCGGUAAUGGCACCCGGCUACAGUGGGCGGACUUGAAACGGACUCUGACCUUUGCAUGGGAGCUCCAUGUCUUUGGCUCAGCAAUACUCUUCUUGCUGGUAGUGGUAGCUGCAACUUUUGGAGUAUUUGGUGGGGCUCAUUUGCUCCAUCCCUUCUGCGAGGCUUUCACUCUAGCUAAUAUUCUACUGCUGUUAGCAGGUUUGCUUCGAUUUGUACAGUUCAUAAUUGACCCGUAUGGUACCAGAAAUGUUCUGACUCGCCCUGCCCUCACUGCAUUGUAUAAUUUACCUGUUCCCUUAUUGCUUUGGGCCCAAGCCACCUUGGCACUGCUUGCUCUGAGGAAAGAAAGAUUCAGUAUUCUUCCCACACCUCCCCAAUGGCUCUCAGUAAAUGGGGGACUGGCAGGACUUCAUUGUACUUCCCUCCUAAUGGCUGACCUUCUAUCAAAAACCUUGUCGCCAGCAUUGCCUUUAAUGCUGCAUACGCUAACUAUUUGCUGGGGUUUACCACUGUGUUUAGGAAUCUUUUUCCAGUCUCUAAAGCAACUCUGCUCCUCCCAUAGGACCCCAGUAUCAAGGUGGAGUGCCCCUAAGCACUUAGAAAACAGUGUCAAGCGUGUGCUGUUGUUGUGUGCUGUACUGGGGGUGCUCUCCUGUGCAUUACAAAUCUAUGGCUUCCUCUGGCUGUAUGGAUUACUUGGUGACUGGCGCAGAUUUGGGUGGGGCUGGUGGCUCGGACAGCUCUGGGCACGACUGAUGGAACUGGCGUGGAGUUUUUCUCUUCUACUGCUGGGAACUCGGGCGUUCUGGAGGCCACAUAGUGGCAGCAGGAGAGCAGAGCAAAGUAAGCGGACAGCACAGAGAGCAGGGCAAGGGAAACUGAUGUCACACUGGAACAGACUGUUGGAGAGGUUUCCAAUGGGGUUUUGGAGGAGACCAGAUAGAAACUGGGCUGAACUGUUGCCGAAUAAUUGGGAAGGGCACAAACGGUCUGGGGCAAAUACCAGCCAUGCAAUCAUCCAAAACCCAGCAACACCAGUCACGACUAUACACAACAACACUGAAAUUAUUGAUGGAGGUGACCUUUAUAGCAGCAGUUACAAUCAUCAUGCCACUUCUUCGUGGACUAGUGGUGUAGAAUGGCAAGAACAUGAGUACUUUCUCUCACUAAUUGAGGUAGACCUUCGUCCCCCUUCACCUGUCAACCUCGGUCACAGCAUUGACAGUGCCCUCCAUCAUUCCCACUUGUUUGGGAUAGGUACCCUUUUCACCCCUUCACCAUCCUCCUGGACCACACAUGAUGGCUCAACAGCACCACUCGGAAGUGACAUUUUAUCACCCUCCACCCCAAAUAACCGAGCCUUCAGGUGGGCUUUAGAUGCUUGCUCAAGCCCCAUCUCCACCCAGCAUUUUAGAACUGCAGUACAACAGACUCAGGUUUCGGUGAUUGAGCCCCUGGCUUCCUUGACUCCAGAGACUAUUAGAAAAGUGUGGGAGAGAGAUUCAGCAAUCCCAAAAGUCACUGGUGAUGACGAUUGGGCCAGCAUUGCAAGCGAAGAUGACAUCACUAGUCUUUGAACUAUUUAAAAGUUUAGCACUG